CCUAUCACUUAUAUAGUUAGGUAGAUUCUGUCUCUCUCUCAACGCCUCCCCGUGCCGCAGAAAACACUCCGUUAGAUCCUUUUAUUCUUGUGUUUAUUCGACUCCAGAUUACGAACCGAUCGAACUCGGCUUUGAUUAGCUUUCUCCGCAAGACAAGUCUCGGUGGUGGUUCUUUGGAUCUCUUCUCAAACAAAAGCCCAGGUGUUAGCUGUUGAGAUGGCAUCAACAGCUGGGGCCACAGGAUGGUUGAGAGGAAGGGUAAAGGCUGUUCCUUCUGGAGAUUGCUUGGUGAUAAUGGGAAGUACCAAGGCAGAAAUUCCCCCAGAGAAGACUAUCACAUUGUCAUCUCUUGUUGCCCCUAGACUGGCAAGAAGAGGGGGGGUCGAUGAACCGUUUGCAUGGGAUAGCAGAGAGUAUUUGAGGAAGCUUUGCAUAGGAAAGGAAGUCACAUUCAAAGUGGAUUAUACCGUUCCAUCGAUAGGGAGAGAAUUUGGCUCUGUUUUCCUUGGUGAUAAGAAUGUUGCAUUGCUUGUUGUUUCUGAAGGCUGGGCAAAGGUUAGGGAGCAAGGCCAACAGAAAGGGGAAGUGAGCCCAUUCUUAGCAGAACUGCAGCGACUUGAAGAGCAAGCCAAGCAGCAGGGUUUAGGUCGUUGGAGCAAGGUACCUGGUGCUUCAGAGGCAUCCAUUAGGAAAUUACCGCCUUCUGCUAUUGGAGAUCCUUCUAACCUGGAUGCAAUGGGCCUCUUAUCUGCAAAUAAAGGAAAGCCUAUGCAAGCCAUUGUUGAGCAGGUUCGCGAUGGAAGUACUGUCCGUGUCUACUUGUUCCCAGAUUUUCAAUUUGUUCAAGUAUUUGUUGUUGGAGUCCAGGCCCCAUCAAUGGGAAGAAGGGCUGUUGCAGAAGCAGUUGUUGAACCUGAAAUAGUUUCUGAUGAACCAAAUGGAGAGGCUUCUUCUGAACCUCGACCUCCACUAACAUCGGCACAGAGACUUGCAGCCUCUGCAGUACCUUCUAUUGAAAUUUCCCCAGAUCCUUUUGGAAGGGAAGCUAAGCAUUUCACAGAGAUUCGUGUUCUAAAUAGAGAUGUCCGCAUUGUUCUGGAGGGUGUGGACAAAUUCAGCAAUCUUAUUGGUUCAGUAUAUUAUCCUGAUGGUGAUUCAGCCAAGGACCUAGCAUUGGAACUUGUUCAAAAUGGUUUGGCCAAAUUUGUGGAGUGGAGUGCUAAUUUGAUGGAGGAUGAUGCCAAGAGACGGCUGAAGUCUGCUGAACUUCAGGCAAAAAAAGACCGGUUAAGGAUAUGGACCAAUUAUGUUCCCCCAGCAACAAAUUCGAAGGCAAUUCAUGACCAGAACUUUGCAGGGAAAGUUGUGGAGGUUGUAAGUGGAGACUGCAUUAUUGUUGCUGACGAUUCUAUCCCAUAUGGUAGCCCCUUGGCUGAACGGCGAGUCAAUCUCUCAAGUAUUAGGUCUCCUAAAAUUGGCAAUCCUCGUAAAGAUGAAAAGCCCGCUCCCUAUGCCCGCGAAGCAAGGGAGUUCCUGCGCACUCGCCUUAUUGGCCGCCAGGUAAAUGUUUCUAUGGAGUAUUCUAGAAAGGUCAACAUGACUGAUGGCCCAGUACCAGCAGCUGGCGCAACUGACUCUAGAGUCAUGGAUUUUGGAUCAGUCUUCCUGGUAUCUCCUUCCAAGGUUGAGGGUGAUGAUGCUACACCUACGCCACCUUCUGGCAGCCAACCAUCUGGGAUAAAUGUUGCUGAGCUAGUGGUUUCCCGUGGUUUUGGCUCAGUCAUCAGACAUCGAGAUUUUGAGGAAAGGUCAAACUAUUAUGAUGCCCUCUUGGCUGCUGAAUCACGUGCCAUUGCUGGGAAGAAAGGGAUCCACUCUGCCAAGGAUCCUCCAGUAAUGCAUAUCACGGACCUGUUAAUGGCAUCGGCAAAGAAAGCCAAAGAUUUCUUGCCAUUUUUGCAGCGUAGUAGGAGACUGCCUGCUGUUGUAGAAUAUGUUCUCAGUGGUCAUCGGUUUAAAUUGCUUAUUCCCAAGGAAACCUGCAGCAUUGCAUUCUCGUUCUCUGGAGUCAGAUGUCCAGGUCGAGAUGAGCCUUAUUCAGAUGAAGCAAUUGCUCUAAUGAGAAGGAAGAUAUUGCAAAGGGAUGUUGAGAUAGAAGUAGAAACAGUGGAUAGAACUGGAACAUUCUUGGGAUCAUUAUGGGAAUCAAAGACCAACAUGGCUGUGACACUUCUGGAAGCUGGGCUGGCAAAGAUUCAAACUUCUUUUGGCACUGACAGGAUACCAGAUGCUCACCUUCUUUUGCAGGCGGAGCAGUCUGCAAAACGUCAAAGAUUGAAAAUAUGGGAGAACUAUGUUGAAGGACAAGAAGUUGCUAAUGGUUCAACAGCAGAAAACAAACAGAAAGAAGUGCUUAAGGUAGUGGUUACUGAAGUUCUUGGUGGUGGUAAAUUCUAUGUCCAAAUGGUUGGAGAUCAAAAAGUAGCUUCCAUCCAGCAGCAACUUGCUUCAUUGAACCUCCAAGAAGCUCCUGUUAUUGGUGCGUUUAAUCCUAAGAAGGGUGAUAUCGUCCUUGCCCAGUUCAGUGCAGAUAAUUCUUGGAACCGAGCAAUGAUUGUAAAUGCCCCACGGGGAGCUGUUGAAUCACCAAAGGACAAGUUUGAAGUAUUCUAUAUUGACUAUGGGAACCAAGAAGUAGUUCCUUAUAGCCGACUACGGCCUCUGGAUCCUUCUGUAUCUUCUGCACCUGGUCUUGCUCAGCUCUGCAGCCUUGCAUAUAUAAAGGUCCCAAGCUUGGAGGAGGACUUUGGUCAAGAAGCAGCCGAGUAUCUGAGUGAGUGCACACUAAACAAUACAAAAGAACUCAGGGCGAUGGUUGAAGAAAGGGAUACUUCAGGUGGGAAGGUGAAAGGGCAGGGAACUGGGACAGUUUUAGUUGUGACACUGGUUGACGUGGAAGCUGGUAGCAGUAUCAAUGCUGCCAUGCUACAGGAAGGACUUGCGAGGCUAGAAAGAAGAAAGAGGUGGGACACCAAAGAAAGACAGUCGGCCCUGGAUAACCUGGAAGAAUUCCAGGCCAAGGCAAAGCGUGAGAGACUGAGGAUGUGGCAAUAUGGGGAUAUCCAAUCAGAUGACGAGGACACAUCUCCAGCUCCACCAGUCAGGAAAGCUGCUGGCCGCAGAUAAAAGAAACGAGUCCGGCAAAGCUAUGCUAAUUAGCACGAUCUAAGUCGCACAAUCGCCUUAGAACUAAGCUAGCGAAGUAGGAGGAUGGAUAGUGGAAAGUUGAACUUGUUGGCAGAGCCUUGUUUUUUCCAUUCUUCUCUUUACGAUUUUUAUUUUUAUAGUUGGUGCAGUUCUCUAAUUUUCCCGAAUCUUGAGGAGGUGACAACAAUUUUUCAUUUUUACAUGCUUUUUUUUUUUUCUUUUUAAUAAAGGCAAGUGAAACUCGCAACGGCGGAGACAAUUUUCUUUAUAUUGUUGGUGAAAUUAUAUGUUGAGGUCUUUAAUUUGGUGGUAUACUUAA